UCAAAACACCAAACAAAACGGUCGUUAUAUCGGUUACCAACUGAAAAGGUCUCAGCCACACACACAACACACACAAUCCAUGGCUUCUUCCGCCGUCUUCCUCUUCCCACCCAACCUCUCUGCCCCUCCCUCUCUCUCCUCCCGCACUCCUCUGUUCUCUCUCUGCAGAACUAAUCACACCAUCUCCGCCGCAACUGCAAGAAGCAGCAGCUGCAGACGCCUAGUAGUGACAGCCUCAGCCUCAUCUAGGGCUCUUGAAGCUCUGAUUUUCGACUGCGACGGCGUAAUUCUGGAGUCGGAGCAUCUCCACCGCCAAGCCUACAACGACGCAUUUGCGCAUUUUAACGUCCGCUGCCCGUCGUCGCCGUCAUCCGGGCCGCUUGAUUGGACCCCAGAAUUCUAUGACGAGUUGCAGAAUCAGAUUGGUGGCGGGAAACCCAAAAUGAGAUGGUAUUUUAAGGAGCAUGGCUGGCCGACUUCAACAGUUUCGGAUGCUGCGCCGGAAAGCGAUGAGGAUAGAGCAAAGUUGAUUGACAUUCUUCAGGACUGGAAGACGGAGAGGUACAAAGAAAUAAUUAAAUCUGGAACAGUUGAGCCCAGGCCUGGAGUUUUGAGAUUGAUGGAUGAGGCAAAAGCUUCUGGAAGAAAGCUAGCCGUUUGCUCUGCUGCAACUAAAAGUUCAGUUGUCCUGUGUUUAGAAAAUCUAAUUGGCUUGGAGCGCUUCCAAAGCCUCGAUUGCUUCCUUGCAGGUGAUGAUGUGAAGGAAAAGAAGCCUGAUCCAAUGAUCUACGUGACAGCCGCCAAGAAACUGGGCGUCUCAGAAAAGAAUUGCUUGGUAGUGGAAGAUAGUGUUAUCGGAUUGCAGGCUGCAACUGGAGCAGGAAUGUCGUGUGUGAUUUCUUAUACAUCGUCCACUGCUAACCAGGAUUUCAAAGCAGCAGCAGCAAUCUACCCCGACUUGAGCAAUGUCAGAUUGGCAGACUUGGACGCGGUGCUUACAGACGUCGUUGCUGCAAAAUAAGUGUUGCAGGAUAGUAGCAUGCCGGCCGGACCAAAUCAAUGUUGACUCAUGGUUGAUGCUGUUUAGCGGUAAAUGAGUUGAUAAGAAGGUAUUGACAGCUUCAGCUCUGCAUUCUUGAGAUAAUUCAAUCUUUUUGGCAGUAAAUGUACAUAUAAUAUAUAAAGAUGUAUAAUCCCUUCAGCUCUACCUUAAUUCAGGUUGGCUGGAUUACCAGUUUCCUACACUCAAAUAAUUUUUUUUAUUUAUGUGUCAUUUCAUCUAUCACAUGCUAUAUUCCACCAUGCUAGCAAAAUAAAAUUAGAGACUCAAAAUCCGAGAGGCGAUGGAUCCAAACUAUGAUGAGGCUCCUCCAUUCUAGAUAUUAUACGAUCUAAAUUAUUCGAUUAAAUGCAAGUUUUUAUGUUAUAAAAAAGAAAGAAAGACUAUUUGUGUUAUGCUAAUCUUUAUGGAAGGACAGAACCUACGCUUUUCGUUCA